AUAAACGUUCAAAACCGGGUUUUUUAACUACUAGAAAUUAUAAAUAGAGACUUGUUCAUUCAUUCGGACUACCGGUCGAUCACUAAUCUAAUUAUUUUAAAUAUACGGAGGUCAAAAUUCUCAAGUUAAUUAUAAUCCUAACAAGAUAACAAAUAAGAGUCUUUGCUUGUUUUUCGUUCUGGCAGCCAUUACUAAUGCAAUACAUGAUCCCCUGGCAUUAUAGGAAACAGGCCGCUGAUAGAACUCUCUAUUCCCGACUUCAUUUCGCCUCAGGCCAAAUUCAUAAUCUUUUACAAUGGUGAAUGAACAAUACCCCUUGUUCGGGCUCUGAUUUGCCCUAGAGCACUGCUAAUGUUAUCUUAGGAAGAUAUUUCGUCACCACAUUCUCUCUAUAUGUUGCACAGUGUUUUCUUUGAAAGCGGAGUUAAGUGGUCUGAGUGAAUUCUCUCUGAGUGUUGUGAAUCUGGCGUUAAUAGACACUCGUGCAUUUAAAUCUGAAAAUUAACAUUAUUCAGUGUAAAAGUGUCUUAGACAUGACCUUCGUGCAAUCGUGUUGAAUAGGAGAGCAUGUACGGGUAAAACGAAAAAAUUUUCCCGCCAAAAUUUCUCUACAUAUCCAUAUCACAAAUAACACCUGCAAAGUUUAAAAAGCGUGCCGUCAUCAGCACGAAUGACCAAAUCACCAGCAACUCUGACGAAAAGCCAAGCACCGGUGAAACAUAUCUUAUUUUGCUUUUGUUUUUAAGUGUUCCGUUGCAGGGGCGGCCACAAGAAAAGCAUUCACACAAACCCUGAUGAAUGUAAUUCAAACUCAGAAAGUAUUUGCACUCUUUGCAUGGAUUGCAAUUGUGACAGUAACUGUCGAUCUUGUUCCCCUGAAUAAGCGGAAACCUGUGGAGUAUUUGAGAUUGCCAACAAGAAAUGAGCAGUCCGUAAGAGAUGGGGAAGGUCGUCUUCCAAGAAAUUUAGGCAACAAUGACAUUACCAAACUCCUGGACGACUUGGACAAUCAGACGGAGGCCAUAAAGAGUGGCCAGCAGAUUGGUGAAGAGCUUUUAGGAGAUAAAAACGAGACUGGAGGUAGUUCAUUCAUAAACGAACAUAAUCAGAAAAACACAGACAACAUUGCAGAGGAAGUAACAGAUAGCGCCUCGGAGGCAGUGAGAAUAGCAGACGCCCCGGUGCUGGUUGAUACAAACGGAGUUCCAGAGAAAACAACAGCUGUAGAGAGUGGAGCGUCCUAUUUGGCUGGCAAACCUCUGUUGAUACUUAACAAAGAAAACAAAGAUCCAGAUGUAAACAAGUGGUUUCUCUACUAUCCACUCUCUACAGAAUCUGAUCAACAAACAGCUUAACAAAUGAAGCUUUAUUUUGGUAUUGUUCUGUUAAAUUAUGGUAAUGUAUUACUAUAUUUCAAGUUUCUAACGUUGCGUGGAAAACUGUGUUGAAUGCAGUUUUACGGCACUGGAAUUGUAUUUUUUAUACGUAAGUUGAAAAUGG